AUGGGAGCGAUACUAACCAGGCCGGAGAUAAAGCCCUUCCGGACGAUCGACAUCCUCCGGGAGGGCGUCAUCGGAGGGCAGGAGCAGAGCGCGAUGGCCGACAACAGCGUGGUGACCUCCAAGUACAACGUGAUCACCUUCGUGCCCAGGUCGCUCUUCGAGCAGUUCCGGCGGAUAGCGAACGUCUACUUCCUCGUGAUCAGCGUGCUGAUGAUGCUCGGCUGGUACACCGACCUGUUCGAGAGUCCGCUGGCGCCCUUCUCCACCAUCAUCCCGCUCAUCCUCGUGCUCAGCGUAACCAUGGUCAAGGACGGGGCCGAGGACCUCAAGAGACAUCGUUCCGACAACCGGGUGAACAACACGGAGGCCACGGCCAUGGACAUACACACGAGGGGGGGGUUCGUGCCGGUGGCGUGGAAGGACGUCAAGGUUGGCAUGAUCGUGAAGAUCGCCGACAAGGAAGAGAUCCCCGCGGACGUGGUGCUCCUCUCUUCGUCCGAACCGGGAGGCGUCGCCUACAUCGAGACGGCCAACAUCGACGGAGAGACCAACCUCAAGAUUAGGACCAGUGCGCCCACGCGGCCGGGGCAGCCGCCGGGGCCAUUGUGGUCCAGCGCCGAGGAGCUGCACGGCGUCAGGAUGGAGCUGGAGUACGAAGCUCCCAACGCUCGCAUUCACUUCUUCACCGGCACCCUAACGCUCCACGGCGGGGCGGGGGGCCCGCAAGAUGACUCCGGGGAGGGGGGUGGGGGCGGGACGGGCUCGCGCGACGUUCCCGUGGACCAGAGCAACCUGCUGCUGCGGGGGGCGAGGCUGAGGAACACGAAGUGGGCGAUCGGGGUGGUGGCCUACACGGGAAGGGAGUCGAAGAUCGCGCAGAACGCUCGAUCCGUGCCUUCGAAGCAGAGCAACCUCGACAAGGUGACGAACAAGAUCAUGUUCGUCAUCUUCACGUGCAUGGCCGUCGUGACCACCCUGUCCUUGGUGGGAUACUUGGUCUUCGAGGCGGAGAACGAUGACAAGCUCUACUACCUCUGCUACGACUCCGACAACAGCCCCGUCCCGCUUUUCCGGGACAACUGCGAGUCCUCCGAUUCUUCGAGCAGCGUGGGGCAGUGGUUCACGUUCCUCAUCCUGUACAACAACUUCGUCCCGAUCAGCUUGUACGUUACCCUUGAGAUGGUGAACUUUAUACAGGCCGCCUUCAUCGACGAAGACAUCCUGAUGUACGACGAGACCCAGGACACCCCCGCCCAAGCGCGGUCUUCGAAUAUGGGGGCCGACCUGGGGCAGGUGGAGUACGUCUUCAGCGACAAGACGGGGACGCUGACGCAGAACCUCAUGAAGUUCAAGCGCUGCAGCGUGGGCGGGGUGAUAUACGGGGAGCUGGACCAGAAGUCCAAGGACCUCAUGACCCCGCAGCAGCUGACGCACGCGGUAGACGCACCCCCGCUAUCCGAGCUGGCGUCGAACAUCGCCGGCGCCGAGAAGGGUAGCGCGCCGCUAGACUUCGCGCUGUGCCUGGCUCUGAACCACACGGUGGUGCUAGAGGAAGACCCGAAGACGGGCCAGAAGCAGAUGCAGGCGGAGUCGCCGGACGAGGAGGCGUUGGUGGACGGGGGAAAGACGCUAGGAGUGAAUUUCGUGGACCGCUCGCCGGGGAAGGUGGAGCUGGACGUGACCGGCAAGGGCCGGCUGUCGUACAACCUCAUCCUCACGAUCCCCUUCGACUCGACGAGGAAGCGGAUGUCGGUCGUCGUUCGUGCUCCCGACGGCUCGUACGUCUUGUACUGCAAGGGGGCGGACAACAUCAUCAUGGACCGUUCGAGGGGGUACAUGGGGUCUGACAAGGAAACCGUGGCUUCUCAUCUUGGCGUGUUUUCCAACGACGGUCUUCGCACCCUCCUGCUGGCCAAGAAGGAGAUGUCUCAGGAGUUUUUCGACGAGUGGUACGAGAAGUACCGCAAGGCGUCCAUCGCCACCGGCGACCGUGCGGAGCAGAUCGCCGAGGUGGCCAAGGAAGUCGAGGCCGACCUGGACGUUGUUGGCGCUACCGCCAUCGAGGACAAGCUGCAGGACGAAGUGCCAGCGACGAUCGCGGACCUCGGCAAGGCCGGCGUGAAGCUGUGGGUCCUCACGGGGGACAAGAUGGAGACGGCCAUCAACAUCGGAUACAGCUGCCGGCUGUUGGAGCCGGAGAUGACUCUCAUCAAGUUGAAGGAGAAGGAGGGGGACCCGCAGUCUGUAGUGAACCAGCUCAGGGCCUUGAUGACCCACUUCAACAGGCUGGUGGAAGACGACGGGCUGGUGAAGCGCUUCUGGGGACAUGUAAAGCAAAGCCCCCUGGGUCUCCUGAGAAGAUCUCGAAGGCACGGGGGCGGGGGUGGCCUUUCCGCCCCGUCUUCCAUGGGGGAUCGCAAUCGGACGGGCGGCGUGGCCACCAUGGAGGAGGACGGCGCGGCCACUCUGCCGACCCCCCUGCUGGAGCAGCCUCAGGGGGCCCCGCCGCUGUCGGAGCUGACGGCGGACUCCCUGGCGCUCGUGCUAGACGGGCCUAGCUUGGCCCACGUCCUUGGCAACCCCGAGGCGGAGCGCAUGCUUCUGACGCUGGGGAGCAUGUGCAAGAGCGUCAUCGCGUGCCGGGUUAGCCCGGCGCAAAAGCGGCUGAUCGUCCGGCUUGUGAAGAGGGGGGUGGUGCCAACGCCGGUGACCCUCUCCAUCGGGGACGGGGCUAAUGACGUCGGGAUGAUUCAGGAGGCUCAGAUUGGGGUGGGCAUCAGCGGGAAAGAGGGUCGGCAGGCGGUGAACAACUCGGACUUCGCCAUCGCGCAAUUCCGGUUCCUGAAGAGGCUCAUGCUGGUGCACGGCCACUGGGAUUACCGCCGCGUGUGCAAGGUGAUCCUGUACAGCUUCUACAAAAACUUCGUGCUGACGUUCUGCCUCUUCUACUUCUGCUUCUACACCGGGUUCAGCGGCCAGUCGCUGUUCGAGUCGCUGGUGUACUCUGGGUUCAACUUCUUCACGGCCAUGCCCAUCUUGCUGAUCGGCAUCUUCGACAAGGACGUCGGCAACCAGACCGCGACGGAGUGCCACAAGCUAUACGCCGUCGGCCGGGCCGGCAUGGACCUUAACCUCAGGACGAUGACCAAGUGGGUGUGCCAGGCCAUCCUGGACUCGCUGACGGUCUUCUUCCUGCCGCUGGCGGCCUACAGGGACGCCACGACGGUUUGGGCGGAGAGAGGCUACGGGGACGGGCUGUACGUGUUCGGCACGACCGUGUACGCCGGCCUGAUCAUGGCCAUGAUGAUGAAGGUCUUCAACAUGACCAACACAUGGAAUUACCAGAGCUGGUUCUUCUGGUGGGGAUCGAUAGCCCUCUUCUUCUCCUUCAUCUCGCUCUACUCCCUCUUGGUGUCGUACGCCUACGACUUCUACUACGUGGCCAUGCAGCUCAUGAGCCGCAGCGCGUUCUGGCUCAUCAUCAUACAGGUGCCGUGCGUUACAUGGUCUUUGGACACCCUCAUCAAGAUGCUGGAGCACAACUUCCGCCCAACCGUCGGCCACCACGCCAGAGAGUUCGACCGUGGCUUCACCUCGGAGACCGGGCUGCAGCGGCUCGACGAGAUCAAGGCCCGGGCGAGGGCCGAAGAGCUGUCCCCGACCCCCGGCGGCUACACGGACGUUCAGGAGGUCCUCGGCCCGAAGAGGGACGAUGCGAACCAUAAAUGGAAAAUGGGCCCGGAAACACUGCGCGCUCUCAACGAGGGCGUGAACCCGGGGGAGCUUGCCUCGAUGGGCAUCACGGCGGGUUCGGACGCCGUCCCGAACCGCUCGUCCUUCGCGUUCGAUCACGUUACGGCGGACUUCGGGCCCGGUGCCAGCGCCGCCCAGGAGGAGCUCCGCAACCUUGUCGCCGAGGAGGGGGAGGCGCACGUGAGGCAAAGCCGGUCCCGUUCUUUGGAGCGGUGGGAUUCGGCGUCCAUGUCGGUGGCUGCGACAACCUACGGGGACACCGCCGCCGAAGGGGCUGCCGGGGGUAGCACUCGCCGCUUCUUGGCUGCGCAGGACUCCGCGGCGGGGAGUGUGUUCGCGGGCUCGUUCAGAGCAGGGGGGGGUGGCGUGGGCGAGGAGAAAGGGAGGGGUUGAUUUUGGUCCGGCCAGACAUUGAUUUCUGACGUUACGUAGCGGUGGUGGUGGUAGUACAUAGCAGUGGCUGAAUCAGAGUCGAUUUUUUUAUUGGUUUUAUUAUAGCUAGCGUGUUUGCGCUGCUGAUGCUUUGGGAACGCGGGGAGAAGCUGGCGAUUAAGGGUGGGCCGGCAGCGGGUGGGGGUGGAGAAGGCGUAAAAUGAGUCUUUUUGUCUGUUUGGCGUUUUUUUUUUUCGUGUUGGCGUGGUUCUGCGGUAGGGCAAGUGUUAUUAUCUACCACUACUGUACUAGGUACUAGGUAGAUUUGUCGGCAGGAGCGUCCACACGCGGUGGAGGGCAGCUGGUGGAAGGAAUACUGAUGACUUGAGACGAAGACGAGUGUGUGUGUCAGACCCAUGCCUUGUUCCAUCUCCCCAAUUCUGGGCGCGUGGGCACACAAGACACAGCACCGUGUGCAUUUUGAUGCAGUAUUUGCUGCUGAUGCCGUAGUACUUGGGUAUUCAGAGCAGUAGCCUGACGUUUUUUGUGCGUACCAAUGCUCGUAUAGAAGUACUCAAGAUGAGCACUCUUGUUCCUCUUCAGACGCAUGCGUUUGGUUUUGUAGGCGUCCCCAAGUCUUUGGAUGGGAAUUGAUUAGAAAUACUGCGCGUUUCAACAGGAGCUAUGUGGGCUAACAGUGGUUAGGCAGGCAAAAUGCCCCGUGUGUGCCGGGUGGCACCCGCUCAUUCCAAGCGAGGGCGUAUCCAGGAUUGGCUUUAGAGCAUCCCGUUGUGCCAGACAAACAAGAAAAUUUGUCGUUCGAAUGAACGGCCCUUGCACAAAACGUUUUACUUUCAUGCUCAUGCAUGCAAUGGACAGCACAGCACCAGCAAGGAACGAAAAAAAAGUUGUUGGCAACCGCAACUUUCUUUGAGAGAGAGAGAUGGUUCAGAAGUCAUGUGCCCUCUUGUGCGUGGUCGGGCCAUGGAUCUAUUUCUUUUUGGGAAGAACGGACCUUUGGCAUCGGGGAACCCGCGCUCACUGCCGUGCCACUUGCCGUUGGGCCGAAAUUAGCUACAAGUGAAUCUAAAGCUUUGUCGCGUAAACAUGAAGAAGGUCCUCUCAGCGAGAGA